GCUAGUUUGUUUAGUCCUCACUCGUGUCUAGUGUUGGAAUAAUGUGGAAUUAGGUAACAAACUGCUGAAGCCAAAUGGAUAAGCUGCCAUGGUUCAAAAAACGUGAAAAGGAAGAGCAACGAGAUAUUAAAGCCAAUGAUGUUGAGUACAAUGCAAAUUUCCAAUAUGCUGUGAAUAAAAUUAAAACAUCAAGAUAUACCUGGUACAACUUUAUUCUCGUUAAUCUAUGGGAACAAUUUCAUCGAGUUGUCAACGUUUAUUUUGUUUGUCUUCUUAUUUUACAGUUUAUUCCCGAAAUCUCUUCGCUCAAUCCAACCACAACUUUGAUUCCUAUAAUUACUGUGUUAUUGAUCACUGCCAUUAAAGAUGCUGUGGAUGAUAUAAAACGACAUCGAAGUGACGAUUCAGUUAACAACAGAAAAUCUAGUGUUGUAAAAGAUAAUGCGCUGGUGCAGGAAAAAUGGAUGGAUAUUAAAGUUGGAGAUGUAAUUCAAUUAAAAAACAACGACCACGUAACUGCAGAUUUGUUGUUACUUUCAAGCAGUGAGGAGCACAAUCUUGUCUACAUUGAAACAGCUGAAUUAGAUGGAGAAACAAAUCUUAAAGUACGCCAAGCUUUAAAUGUAACUGGUGGAAUGAAUGAAGAUCUAAAAGCCCUGCAUAGUUUUGAUGGUGUUAUUAAAUGUGAGGCACCAAAUAACUACUUGCACAAGUUCACGGGCAAUCUUUACUGGAACAAUGAAACGCACUCGAUAGACAACGAGAAGAUUUUAUUAAGAGGAUGCACACUCAGAAACACAGAGUGGUGUUUUGGGCUUGUUAUUUUUGCCGGGCCAGAGACAAAACUGAUGCAAAACACAGGAAAAUCGGUUUUGAAACGAACAAGCAUUGAAAGAUUACUGAACAAACUUGUGUGGUUGAUUUUUGCAUUUCUCCUAUUUCUUGCCACUGUCACGGCGAUUGGAAACACAAUCUGGGAACGCUUUGUUGGAGUGUACUUUCAAGCAUACAUGCCAUGGGCAACCUUCUCCCCCAAUGAGUAUAUGUCUGGAUUCCUAAUGUUCUGGUCAUACAUCAUCAUCCUUAAUACAGUUGUGCCUAUCUCUCUAUUUGUAAGUGUGGAGUUUAUAAGGCUUGGCCAGAGUUGGUUUAUAGAUUGGGACAGACUGAUGUAUUAUGAGAAGAAAGAUUUACCUGCUGUUGCACGAACCACCACAUUAAACGAGGAACUUGGUCAGAUUGAAUACAUCUUUUCUGACAAGACAGGGACACUCACACAAAAUAUUAUGGAGUUUAAUAAAUGUACGAUUAAUGGAAUAUGUUAUGGAGAUGUUUAUAAUGAAGAUGGAAUUGCUAUUGUACCAGAUGAUAACACACCAAUUGCCGACUUCUCGUUCAACGCUGAUGCAGAGAAAGACUUUCGAUUUUUUGACCAGCGGCUAAUAAACUGUAUAACCUCCGGAGAUGCAAAAAGCCAUGAUUUUUUCAGACUGCUUGCAAUUUGCCAUACAGUCAUGCCAGAUGUAACUCCAGAAGGAAACCUGAUUUAUCAGGCUCAAUCUCCUGAUGAAGGUGCAUUAGUUACAGCAGCUCGAAACUUUGGUUUUGUAUUUCGUGAGCGAACUUUUGACACAGUAACAGUAUCAGAACUCGGCAAAGAUGUAACCUAUCAAGUUCUUGCUAUUCUGGAUUUUGAUAACGUUCGUAAAAGAAUGUCAGUCAUUGUGAAAGAUCCAUCAGGAAACAUCAGGUUGUACUGCAAAGGUGCUGACUCUGUGAUUUAUGAACGACUCGGGAAUUCUCGCGAAGAUGAAGAUUUGAAAAACACAACUACUCAACAUUUGGAUGAAUUUGCUGGUCACGGACUUCGAACUCUGUGUCUUGCCGUCAAGAAUUUGGAUGAACAUGCUUAUAAUGUAUGGAAGGACGCUCACUUUAAAGCAAGCACAGCAUUGGAAGACAGAGAAGAUAAACUUUCUGCUGUGUAUGAGGAGAUAGAAAGAGACUUGGAUUUGAUUGGUGCGACUGCUAUUGAAGACAAGUUACAGGAUGGUGUACCAGAAACGAUCGCAAACUUAUCGAAAGCCAACAUUAAGAUUUGGGUUCUGACUGGCGAUAAGCAGGAGACUGCUGUUAACAUUGGGUACUCAUGCAACAUGCUUACUGAGGAGAUGAAAAAUGUAUUUGUAAUAUCUGGUUACACAUUUGAUGAGGUUGCUGCUGAAAUCAAACAAGCGUAUGAUGACAUUGAGAAUGAAAGAUCUCACGCAUCACCAAUGUCAUCACGGGAUGAUGCUAAUUUCCCGAAUGUAGUUGUCCAUACAAGCAAAGUAGCGAAUGGAAGAGCCGUUGUGUUUCAAUCUGAUCAAGACAAUAAAUUUGGUCUGGUUAUCAAUGGGCAUAGUCUGGUUCACGCAUUAAAUGAAGAACUCGAGUUGAAAUUCCUUGACCUGGCUUCUCUAUGCACUUCCGUGAUCUGCUGUAGAGUUACUCCGUUACAGAAAGCUAAGGUGGUGGAACUGGUCAAGAAAAACAAGAAAGCGGUGACACUGGCUAUCGGAGAUGGUGCAAAUGAUGUCAGUAUGAUUAAAGCUGCUCACAUUGGUGUUGGUAUAAGCGGUGAAGAAGGCACACAAGCUGUCUUGUCUGCUGACUUUGCGUUUGGCCAAUUCAGGUACCUCGAGAGGUUACUUCUUGUGCAUGGUCGCUGGUCUUACAUGAGAAUGUGCAAAUUUUUCGGUUAUUUUUUCUACAAAAACUUUGCCUUCACCCUUGUACACUUUUGGUUUGGUUUCUUUAACGGUCUAACUGCUCAGUCAGCAUAUGAUGAUUUGUUUGUGACACUCUACAACAUCGUCUACACAUCUAUGCCAAUAUUUAUGCUUGCCAUUUUUGACCAGGAUUUGAACGACAAAUACUGCAUCAAGUUUCCAAAACUCUAUUUACCUGGGCAGAAAAAUGAACUUUUUAAUGUCAAGAUUUUCUUCAAAAGUAUAAUACGCGGCAUUCUGACAAGUCUUGUUCUUUUCUUUGUUCCCUACGGAGCAUUUGCAGAAGGCAUGUCUCCCAGUGGUGCCGAUAUGACAAAUUUACAAACUGUCUCUACUGUCAUAUCAACAUGCUUAAUAAUAGUGGUAACACUGCAGGUUGCCUUAGACACUUCAUAUUGGACACCUGUCAAUCAUUUCUUUACAUGGGGAAGCAUAUUUAUCUACUUCCUCCUUACAUUUGCAAUGUACAGUGACGGACUAUUCCAACUUUCAACAACAUUUCAGUUUAUUGGAGUUGCAAGAAAUUCCUACCAACUUGCAUCCCUAUGGUUUACCAUGUUCCUUGUGUGUGCCAUAUGUAUACUACCAGUACUUGCAAGCAGAGUGUUAUGUACCAUACUAUGGCCAACUUACACAGAGAAGAUCAUGAAGUUGCAACUUGACGAGGAAAAGAAAGCUCGACAGAGGAAGAUGAAGGCUGCUGAGAGUCUUCACGCGAUCACCGAGAAGAUCCGAUCCACCUUCCAACUACAGAGACGAGGAUCAAGACCAAGAUCCGGGUACGCGUUUUCCCACGAACGAGGAUUCGGGGAUCUCAUCACUACUGGGAGGAUGAGCAUGCGGAGGAAAAGCUACCAUCCUCAACCGGGGAGGAGCAAACCAGAAGAGACUUCUCCUCCUCAGUCAUCUUCCCAACCUCCACCCACCAACGGAGUUUCUACAAACACUGAACUAUACAGACAACUCCCAGUAUGAUAAACACGUUCUUAUCAAUAAUGCUUAUUAUGUACAGUGGCCUUAUUUUUUAGUGGUUUGAUGGUCUGAAUCAUAACAGUUGUAGGGAUUGGCCUUUUAAAUCUGUCUCUCUUUGCACUAUCGCAUGUGUCUUUCAGUUCAGUCUAACACUAAACUCAAAUGAUAAAUGCGUUGAACUGAGCAGUGGUGUUUGCCCAGGUUGUCAAUUCCAGCAAUACAUUAUCCCUUCAUAACUUUUUGAUAGGGUGACUUGUAUCUAAAGCAGCUACAUCAAAAACAGGUUAAAAACCACUUUCUCAUAGAAUUUUAGGCCCAAUAAUUAUUUCCAGUGUAACCAUCCUGUUCCCGUACUACCUUAUACAUGACUUAACAAGUUUCAAAAUGUGUCUUCAUUCAAAGGCAAAUAAUGAAUAACAAUCGUAAAAUCAAAUGUUACCUUUUUCCUAUUGCUGUUUUGUUUAAUCCUGUAAUUGCACUUUGUGUGUUAAAUGAGCACAAUGUAUGCACUAAACGCUAUUUAAUUCCAAGCAACAAUCAAUUCUAAUAUUCAAAAAACGUUUUUAAUUUUUUUCGCAUUUUCGUUUAAUGUAACAUUUCUAAAAAAUGAACACUUAACCCCUAACAUAUAAAGCCUUUACCUCAAGUGGAAAUUAACAAGUUAAGUACAUUUAACUACAAAGCGUUAAUCACAUCUAUUGUAAGUAAACAGUGUCGUAAUAAUUUAUCCCAACCUCACGAGAUGGUAAAAAGCCUAGUUAAUUAUUAACUCUAAGCAAGCAAUAAGCUGACCCACCUAUAUACAUAUGCCUGCCUUGCUUGUGGUCCUUUAAAAGCAAACUAUGACAAUGUACAUUGUAAGCUUCAGCCAAGUUUCAAACUUUGUUCCAUAGAGUUGCAUAUCUUAUUAGAAAUGAACUAUUAUACGUAGUAUGGUGUACUAAUUUAUCUAAGCAAGUUUAGGAAGGUUGUAAGUGUGAAUAUAACUCUGUUUUUCUCUAUGUAAUUUCAAGUAGCUAUCUCCUAUCAGUUGUAUUGUAUAAUCUAACUAUAUGUGAUAUAUCUUAUGAACCUUAUUUAUGCCAAAAAUGUAUGCACUUGUCUAAUCCGUCAAUAAAAUCAGCUAAA